AUGAGAGCAGCGAUGUUUAGCAAUUUUCGGUCUCGUUUGAGUUGCUGUGGCCCUUUUGCUCAUAGGUUUGGGUCGAGAUUGAAUUCUAGUGUUAGCAGCAACGGUAAUAUCACUUCUAACAAGUCUCCAACAGGUGUUGUGUUUAUGAACAUGGGUGGCCCAUCCAAGGUAGAGGAAACCUACGACUUCUUAUUGCGUUUGUUCCAAGACGGAGAUUUGAUUCCGUUUGGUAUUUUCCAGAAACCCUUGGGUAAGUUAAUUGCAAAAAGGCGAACACCAAAGAUAGAGGAGCAUUACAAGGAGAUUGGCGGAGGCUCACCCAUUAGGAAAUGGUCGGAAUAUCAGUGUAAGAAGCUUUGCGAGAUUUUGGACGAGACAAAUCCUGAAACAGCACCACACAAACCGUACGUGGCCUUCAGAUAUGCAAAGCCAUUGACGGAAGAGACAUUAGCUGAAAUGAAGAAAGAUGGCGUGAAGAGAGCAAUAGCAUUCUCUCAAUAUCCUCAAUUUUCAUACUCAACGACGGGUUCAUCGAUAAAUGAAUUGUAUAGACAAACUUUGAAGCACGAUCCAGAAAGAAGCAUCGAAUGGUCUAUUAUUGAUCGUUGGCCACAACAGAAUGGCUUGGUUAAGGCAUUUGCAAGCAAUAUUAAAGAAAAACUUGCGGAAUUUCCACCAGAAAUAAGGGACGAUGUUAUUAUAUUAUUCUCGGCACAUUCCUUGCCAAUGGAAAUUGUCAACUUGGGUGACUCAUACCCUGCCGAAGUCGGGGCAACAGUGUACAAAGUGAUGGAAAGCUUGAACUUUUCCAAUCCAUACAGAUUAGUAUGGCAAUCACAAGUUGGUCCAAAACCUUGGUUGGGCGCACAAACUGCCAAAAUUAUUGAUAAGUUGGAAAAGCGCGAUGACGUGAAAGGUAUUGUUUUGGUGCCUAUUGCUUUUACAUCCGAUCAUAUUGAGACUUUGCACGAGUUGGAUAUAGAGAUCAUGGAGGAAGCUGAAAAUCCCGAGAAAAUCAAGCGAGCCGAGUCAAUGAAUGGGAAUGAAGUGUUUAUCAAAGGUCUUGCCGACCUAGUGGCAGAACACUUGAAGAGCGGUAGAAAAUAUUCAAAGCAAUUGGAAUUGGAUUGCAUUUUAGGUGGUGAAAAAGCACACGGUACUUUUAAACACCCCGACGAAAUGUUUGGCAAACAAUCGCCACAAUCAUCAAAACCAACACAAAACUAA